GGGAAAGUGGGUUAGGAAGGGAGCUGGGAGCUGCACAGCUACGCACCGGAGCAGGACCGGCCAGGCGCGCAGCCGGCGGCACGGGAGCUGCGCUCUUCUUCUUUUUUUCCACCCCUUCUCCAUCGCUCCAGACGGGUUGAUUUAAUUGCCGCUGGGUUUUGCCGCCUGACUUUUGCGUCGUUUUGAUCUGCCUUUCUGACACGCGCACGCUCCUCUCUUUUCUUUUUCCCUCUCUUUUCCUACGCCGAAGGUUGCGCUCAGACUUUUGUUUUUGGGGGAAGCCCUUGAAAAGGGAAAAGAGGGGGGGAAGAAGCCGGCGAGAGACCGCAAAGAGCACGAGAAAGUGGCAGCCGAGGGCUGUGAAAUCACCUCCCCUUUCCGGGGCUGUCUGUCAGAGCGAGAGUUGUACAUUAUUGUUACCGGUUUUCUUUCUCCAUCCAUCCAUCCGUCCGUCCACAUACGCGCGCGGAGAGAGACGAGUGCAGGCAGCGAAACUCACCGAGACCAGCCAUGGUAGCGAGGGCUCAGCCUGAUCGGAAACAAUUACCACUGGUCCUACUGAGAUUGCUCUGCCUUCUCCCCACAGGGCUGCCAGUCCGCAGCGUGGAUUUUACCCGCGGCACCGAUAACAUCACCGUGAGGCAGGGGGACACGGCCAUCCUCAGGUGUUUUGUAGAAGACAGAAGCUCCAAGGUGGCCUGGUUAAACCGUUCUGGCAUCAUUUUUGCUGGAGAGGACAAGUGGUCCCUGGACCCUCGAGUAGAGCUGGAGAAGAGAAGCCCCCUGGAAUACAGCCUGAGGAUCCAGAAAGUGGAUGUCUAUGAUGAGGGGUCCUAUACGUGUUCAGUGCAGACACAGCAUCACCCCAAGACUUCCCAGGUUUACUUGAUUGUGCAAGUUCCACCAAAGAUCUCCAAUAUCUCCUCGGACAUCACCGUGAAUGAAGGCAGCAAUGUGACCCUGGUUUGCAUGGCAAAUGGGCGUCCAGAGCCUGUCAUCACCUGGAGGCACCUCACCCCAACAGGAAAGGAGUUCGAAGGUGAGGAGGAGUACCUGGAGAUCUUGGGGAUCACGCGAGAGCAGUCGGGCAAGUAUGAGUGCAAAGCUGCCAACGAGGUUGCUUCGGCAGAUGUCAAGCAAGUCCGGGUCACUGUGAACUACCCUCCCACCAUCACAGAGUCCAAGAGCAAUGAGGCGGCCACGGGACGACAAGCCUUACUCCGCUGCGAGGCAUCAGCAGUGCCCACGCCUGAUUUUGAGUGGUACAGGGAUGACACCAGGAUAAACAGUGCCAAUGGUCUGGAGAUAAAGAGCACAGGGAGCCAGUCUCUGCUGAUGGUGGCCAACGUCACUGAGGAGCACUACGGGAACUACACCUGUGUGGCUGCCAACAAGCUGGGAGUCACAAAUGCCAGCCUAUACCUUUACAAACGAGUUUUACCCACACUCCCCAAUCCUUUUCCAGGACCCGGCACGGGGAGAGUAGACAAUGGCUCCGUGAGCUUGGCCGUCCCACUGUGGCUGUUGGCAGCGUCCCUGCUCUGCCUACUCAGCAAGUGUUAAUACAAGUCAAAAUUAAGAAUAAUAAUAAUAAUAAUAAUAAUAAUUAAAAAAAAAAAAUACCAACACGACAACGACGACGACGACGACGACGACAACACACAAAACAAAAUGCAUUAUACAGGAGACAGAGCGAAGAGAGGAGAGAGAGAAAAAAGAGGGGGAGAGAGAAGAAGCGAGAGGACCGUUUCUAUCACAGCAACUUCUGCCUGUUCAGGAGCAAAGAGGGGGGAGAGGAAAAAUCACAGCAGGACCACUCAGCACCACUUACCUGAUUUCCGACCGCCGGCCGUCACAGCACCGACCUCACAAGGCGAGGGGCAAACGGGGCACCCGCAGCGCCCAUGGAGCCAGAGGAUGCCGCGCUGCAGCCGCGCCGAUGACACCCGCUGAGCGAAUCGAAUCGAAGAGCCCUUUUCUUUUCUCUCCUCCUCGCUGUUUUCCAUACUCCUCACCUGCCUCCCUCCCUCCCUCCUCUUUCUUUCUUUCGCUGAAAGAGGUCUUUGCUUCGGUGUCUAUAGCCACUUAACUUUUUGGAUGCCCUUGGUCGUUUUUUUUUUUUUUUUUUUUUUGUGAGCCGAUGCUCAGGCACUUCAUACUUUUGGGAAAAAAAAAAAAAAAAAAAAAAGGAAAAAAAAUAAUAAUGAACAGAGCAAGUUAUCAAAGCUCUCCACACACUGGUGUCCUGUGAAGAACCCCUUCCUCUCUUCGCAUCAUCAUCCCAUGCUCCUGUGCACUUUGCUAAACGCCUUCUGUCCUGCACCCUCCCUCACGCAACAUCCCGCUCUGGCCUGAAGGAAAGCUGUGUCCCUCCAACCCAGCCUGCUCUUUUAUUUGCUUUUUUUGAUUCUCUCCCUCUCCCCCUCAGUGUGGCCAAGUGUCUUUCUGCAGUGUGUGCCUGCGUGCGUGCGUGCAUGCGUGUGUGUGUGGCCCUUGUGCUCUGUCUUCUCUUUCUCUCUUUCUCCUGCUCUCUCUAAGCAUGCCGAAGGAACAGUCCAUGUGUACAUAACGCCCAUCCCACUGUAGAUAAUGUCCUGCCUUGUCAGUGUGAGACCACACGCUGAGAGAUCUCUCGGGCUGAGAAGAGGACUGAGGAGAGAGGAGCAGCUGCAGCUCGGGGCCCUGUGGUAGCCCCUCUCCGUAGUGCCUGGCCACCUUGACAGCAGGAGUCAUUCUGCAUCCUUUCUUCACCCUUUUUUCCCUGCCACCCACAUCCGUCUGGCUCUCAGCCUUUACGUACCGGCAGAGCAGCUCAUGUGGGUGUGAACCCCACAGUGUGAUCGUUCCUAAAUAGAACCAGUGCCCCCCCCUUCUGUUGUUGUCUUACUGUGUGUUUUACACCGCUGCCAGGAUGAAGCUCACUUUGCAGCUUACACGUGUGAAACAAAUUGGGUCAGAAAAUGUCCAGGACCUGUGAAUGUAAGAAUAAAAGUAAAUAUCAGAUCCAAAAUUCUGGGCUUAGCCAGAAGGGGCUUCAAGAGGUACGGCGAAGAAGUAGGGUACACUCUUCCCUUUUCCUGUCUGCAGGGUGCUGGGCCUACUGGAGAGGGCUGUUGCUUCCAGACACAUCCCCUGGAAAUGCCAUGCAGGUGCUUGGCACUGCCAGGCCUCUAAGCGCCUGCAAGCUGGCUUUUCCCUCUUUUGCCUAUGAGUGGGCAUAGCAGUAUCGUGCCCAGCAACUUGCACACCCCAAGGCCUGGUGCCUUCCUCCUGGCUGCCAGGCUCAGCUGCUGGGGCAGCAGCCAGCAGGCAAUUCAGCAGGCAGCCAGGGUAGUGAGGAAAUGAGAAAGGCUGAGGGCUGGGUGGCGACAGACUUGCUGUAGGCCUGCUGUGGGCUUGAGUGGUGUUAUAUUAUGCUCAGUCUCUGGGCCUUGGUGCCAUCGUGUCCCAUAUCCCUUGGAGCAUUUGUAUGCCCAUGUCACUGUGUCUGCGUUUCAGGAGAUCUGCGUCACUCAGCACGUUGGGCACAGCUCCAGAUUUCCUGCUGCAGCAAAGGCUCCUUGUCCUCUGCGGGCUGACCCUGCAGCUGCAGGCUGAUGCUGCUCCCAAAUCUGGGGCUGGGAAGACUCCACAUAGCCAGCAUGUCUGGCUCCCCCUGGAUCUGCUGUCACCAGGCUACCCCUCGGGUCUGGGUUAAGUCCUUCUUGUUUAGGUUGAGGUUCUCUUCCAUGGCAGCCUGUUGGUCACUGUGAGGUCUGUCCUGUAUUGUGUCUUGCACAGGUCAGAGCCCUGCUGGGGUGGUGCUCGCGUGCUAUGUCCUCAUGGGUUUGAGUGUUUUGAAGAGUUUUGAGGGGAUUAUUAUUAUUUUUUGAAGAAAGCACAGAGGCUUUUGGUUUAAAGACAAACAUGUUACUAAAAGCAGGACACCCAAUUCCUGGAGCCAUCUGCUUCUUCACUGGAGGAAACGGCCACAACCUCGAUGCUGGCUUCUGGUCUUUCCUGCAGGAUGUGCACAGAUCUGUGUCCUGCUUGCGUGGCUGUGAGGCAGGCUUACAGCACAUCUACCCCAGGUGUGCCCCAUGGGUGCUGCAGGCACCCCACUCCCCCUGAGCUCUAGCAGGAAUUACGCAGAGCAUCUGCCAAGACAAGAGCUCAGAUGAAUAUGGGAAACACAAGGUCAGCUGCUCUCCCUUCCUUGCCCUUUGGCCAUAUCUCAGGCCCUUUCCUCUGGAGCUCUCUUUCUCCGCAUUCAAAUUCCUGCCUCCCCAUCCCCUGCAGAUAGCUGUGCUCUUGCCUCCCCCUGCCUCUUGUCUGCCUCGGGACUGGAGAGGGGGGGUUUGGAACAGGACACCAGUUCCUUGAGCUUGUCAGUGUCAUUGUGUUUGGUCGAUGGAGAUUUAACAUUUAGUGUUAUAAAAAGAAGCGAACGAAAUGAAAAAAAAUAAAAAUAAAAAAUAAAAAAAAAAUGUAUUUCUUCUACCGGUUUGUAAAUAUUCCAAGAGUUACAUGAAAUGUCUGGUAAUGUCCAAGCAGAGGAACAAAGACUUAGAUUUAAUAUAUGGCCCCGUACUUGCUAGCAGAUUUCAAACCCUUUUGGAUGGCCAAGCGGAGGGUGGAGGCAAGUCUUUCUGGAAGGAGCUGGGCAGCGGGAGUGCUACCCCAGCCCUACGACAGCGUUGCUUGGCACGUCUGCUGGGUGGCAGGCGAAGCAGGCAGUAUGGGACUCUGCAGCUGACACCUGUACCAUGACACUUGUGCUCAUUUUUGUUCAUUUCCAGCCCGGCAGCUGGUGGGUACGUUGCUCAGUGAUGCACCCUCCCCCCCCCCUUUCCUCCUCUCUUCACCAGUGACGUUGUGUCGCCUCAUGCUAGCACUGAGUGCAUGUUAACGUGCCAUUCAUGAAGAUUUCAUUGGUGACAUGCAUUGUGUUGAGAGUUGGUCUUUGUCUGCACAACUUUCUUACGCCACUGACUGUCGCUGCUUAGGCAGACCUCAUGUACUGCUGCCUGCUCCCCUCUUGGUCAAAGAAAGCCUGAAUACCACCAGUGAUCCUUAGCUCCGGGUGCAUCCUGGCCAUGCCCCCAACCACCUGGCUGAGCAACCUCAUUUGCAAUGUCCAAGUCCCCAGCACAGAUCAAGUUAGUCAUGCCAUCAUCUGAAUGGGAGCUGCACGUCCGGAAGGGAUCUUGGGGGAGCAACAGCGAGUUCUGAGGAUUCAAGAGCAUUUUGGAAAGAGGAUUUGGGAAGUCAGAGGAGCUGCAUUUGAGUCCUCCUCAGCCUGCCAUUGUUCAGCUCCAUCUUGUGCUACAUCUUCUUCCUCCCCUAAUGAUGGAGAUCAUGGGCAAGGAUAGCAACUCUCCUCCUCCCACACCUCUGAUCCAAGCACACUGACCGGUCACCCGCACCAUCAUGGUGCUUGAUGUGAUGUAGCAACAGUGACAGUCCCGUGGAGGAGGUGGUGGCGGAACCUCCCCCUCUCUCUCCUCCUGCUGCAUGAUCUCACCGCUUCUCUGGCUCCAGAACUUCUUGAGCUAGGGAUGCUAGAAGCAAACUGUCCCAUGGAAAGAGCAGAAUGUCAGGCAGGGAAGCAGAGGUGAAACUGGAUGGUAAUUUCCAAGGUGUGAUGGCAGUGGGAAUGGGUAAGGAUGACUGCUGCCCAUCACCCAUGCACAGAGCUCCCAGGCACACCAACGGGCAGACUGUGCCUCUCUCUCAUCACUGGUCAUAGAGUGGCUUCAUUUCCAGUGGGAUGCCCAGAAGAUGUUUUAUUUUAAACUGCAUGACUCCUGCUACAAAGAGCUGUGUCACACCAUUAAAGCCUCUUUCUCUUUUC